GAAAAAUACUGCAAGCGUUUCUAACCGACACUUAAAAAGACUAGCUACACAAAAAUCCAACAUUAUUUGUGAAGUUAUAUUAAAUACGACUGUAGCAGUAUCAUGUAGCAGCAUUCAUUAUAAAUGCACAGAACAGUUGGAAAAUACUCCUACAGUUAAUUCAGAUGCUAUAAUGGAUAUCAAUUAUAAAUGCACAAAACAUUUGGGAGAUAUUUCUACAGUUAAUUCAGAUGUAAUAAAUAUUGAAGUUGAGAGUGCUGAAAAUUAUAUUGUUCACGAAGAGGAUAAGGAAAAUAAUGAUAUCUUGAACGCACAACAAUCUUCUGUUAACGAUUCCUAUGAUGAAUCAGAAGCUUAUUUAGCAUCCGACAAUAUUAAUAUAAAAAAUGAAAAUUUAAAAAUUGAUCUUGCUAUUUGGGCUGUACAACACCAAAUUUCACAUACAGCUCUAAGAGCACUGCUUCAUAGACUGAGAAAUCAUUCGUGUUUUUCAUCUUUAUCUUUGGAUCCACGUUCACUUUUACAAACUCCAAGAAAAAACGAAAUGCGUGUAGUACUGCCAGGAACGUACUAUCAUUUUGGAUUGCAAAAAUCUGUAUUAAAUUUAUUAACUUCUAUAAAGAGCAAUAUUGACAGUGUAAAAAUUGCUAUUAAUAUCGAUGGAUUACCACUUUCACGAUCAUCGCAACAACAAUGUUGGCCCAUACUUGGUUCAAUUCUUCCAUAUAAUAAUGUAUUCACAAUCGGAAUUUAUCAUGGAACGGAAAAACCAGCAGAUGUUAAUGACUUUUUAAAAAUUUUUGGACGAGGCUAUAGAAAUGGGCGAAAAUGGAAUUUAUGUCAAUGGACGUAA